UUAAGCCUCCGGUCAGUCGCAGUCGCUCAUUCACUCGGGUCCCAGGCCAAGAUAUAUACAUCUACUCGGCUAUAGCUAACAUUGAAUACGAGGAGAAAAAGAAGCAGCUGGAAGCUAAAAAUAUCCCCAGCUUUGACCUGGAGCUGAUCCUCACGACGCUUGACGCCACUAGACACGGUUACAACUGCUGCGUCAUCUACCAUGACCCCGAGUCGGUGACUCUAACCGUGACGCCUGCUAGCCACUACUUUAGGGAGUUUAUUGUGGGUGGUCCGUCCAAUGAAAAACUUUAUGCCGCACGGCAAUAUGUCUGUCAUGGAACAGUCUCUACUGCAAACAACAUGCCGGAAUACGCUACAUUGACCUCCAGUUCCAAGUGCCCAACAGACACGAAAGAUUACCUGAAAGUCUUGUACCCAACUAAACAACCUGGCAUUGCACUAUGUGGUAAAAUAGCUCACAGUGGAGGUGUGGAACCACAAAAAGCCAUUGAAUGGUUUGAGAUGCAAAAACUUCUUGGAGUUGAUAAAAUUCUGAUCUACGACUUGGGAAAUCCCAAAGGUUUAACGCGGGUAUUUAGACAUUACCAACAGGAAGGGAUUCUAGACUUGCAGCCGUACGAACUUCCGGGGGAGCCGGAAACCCGAUCACUGACAGAGGCGUACAAGCACACGGCACAGUUUAAUUAUGACGAGACUUUGGCGGUCCUGGAGUGUAGGCAUAGGAUGGCGGGCUAUGAUUACGUCAUCAGUCAUGACAUGGACGAGAUGAUCAUACCACGACAGGCAGUCAAUUUAAAAACGUUUUUUCAGGAAAAAUGGUCCCAGCACCCGACGGCUUCAGCUCUUUUCUUCCACACGGAAUUUUUUCUCACCACCUGGGAGCCAAGCAAUCCUGAGGAACAGCUGAUGGUCAAACGCUUCAGGGUCAACAUUGAACCUAACGAGGCCAUCUUACAUCAUUACCGGAAGUGCCCAGAGGACACCUGGAAGACCUGCAGCGUACCUUCCAAGAUCGAUGACGUCAUGACCAGGUACAAGGACCUUGACCCGAAGGUUGUCAAGGUCAGAGAGGUCACGGCCAUACAACCCCUCUAUAAAGUUCGUCGUUGA